ACCCAAUGGACUCCACAUUGGAUGUGAUGCUUCCACUGGGCUACGUUGGCCAAGAAUAUUUUAUACUUCCUGCUCAUAUUCCAGGAGAUGUUACAUUGAAAUCCAUCAUAAAAAUUCAGUCUUUCUAUGACUGGACACAAAUUACACUAAAUACAAAUAUUUCCUUCUUAUUGAAAUUUUCUGGUGACACCUAUGAAACGCCUAUAGACAGUCACAGUUUCCACUAUAUUUGUGGGAACACCAGCUUUUACGUUUAUCAGAUCAUUUCAGGUCUCCAUGGUGACGUGUGCGUAACAUCCUUGUUGCCGUCAAGUCUGUGGAGAUAUUCCUAUGACUUAGCUCGUUCCUCUGAUGCCUACAACGUCUAUGUUUAUAUUGUUGUCAAGGCAACUGUCACUUCAGGCAGAGUAACCAAUGACACUAUACAGUGGACAUGCCAAAGUAUUGCUGGAACUGCGUUUUCGGGAUGCUACACCGUGUUUCCCACUGACACUAACUAUCUGCACCUGCAGCUUCUCAGCAAGACUGAUCCGUUUGGAGCUUAUCUUGUAGGCUAUGAUAACACUUCCUUGUUCUGUCAUCCAUUAGGUAUAGCAGACAUCAUGGAACCUAUCAAUACUAAACCUUUCCAGCAUGCACUCUACUUGCAACGUCUAAAAGAAAAACACAAGAGCACGUGCGAGUCUAUGACGUCAGAAAAGCCUACUCUCACGACCAUCUUGUCCAUUGCUAACGACAGCAGCAUUUCCAGUUUUUCUACAACUGAUUCCAAUAGAGUCCUGGAGACCACGGAAGGGUUCACGCAUGCUCAGUCAGACACGUCUGCAAGUGUUGCGAUCACAACACCACAGUCAGUGACUUGGCCGAAGACUUCCCCAGGAAGUACUGGACUGAGAGAGGCCAUCAUUUCCUUCCUUAAAGUUGACCACAGUGAGCUAUCGUCUCACAAGAGAAAUCUCAUCUCUGCUCCAGACCCCAGAACCUCUGCUCAGAUCUGUGGAUUUAGUGGCAUUCUUCUUGUAUUAUCAGUUGUUCUUUUAAUAAUUUUUCCUGAUUUGGUUUCAAUAGUUCGAUUCUGUAUAAUUUUUAUAAAAUCAAAAAUUUGCUUUAAAAAUUAACAACAACAAUUAAGUAUGUCUGAUGAAAAUCUAGCUCUCACAUAUAGGACGCAAUCAUUAACAUGGAACUAAUUUGUAAUUGAAAUUAAGCUAUCAAUAUUUUGUUGCUUUUGUUUUUUUUAAUAUUUUCCCUUCCAACUUAAAAAAAAUAACAUAUUUGUGAACAUUGUUCUAAUAAGGUUUAUAAAACAGACCACAGACCUAUAUAUUAUAUCUAGACUGGAAAACGGGAACAAAUUCUUAUCCGCGAUUGAUCAACUCACAGACCUAAAUAUAUUAACCAUAGAACUAUAUAUUCAAGCAAAUUCCUGAAAUAAAUCCAUCAUGACAAUAUUUCGAAAUGCUAGAUCGAAAUCAUUCAAUUCAAUUGAUUUUAAUCAUCUUAUGUACAUUUAAAUAGAUUGAAUUUCUUUUUAAGUAUUUAAAAAUUGCAAAACAAUAAUUAUGAGACGAGAGUGCUCUUACUUUUGAUGUUUAAUUACUAAAUCUAGACCAAAACAUUAAAUUAAAUGUUACCUACAGGGCCGCCGCUACCUAUUGUGCAAUGUGUAUUGCACUCAGGCGGCCGAAUGUUGGGGGCGGCCAAAUCAUUCUUCAUAAGUUACUUUUAUGUUGUUUUUUUUAUUUUUACUUAAGUACAAAAAAGUAUAAAGGUAUAAAUUCUAAUUAUUUCAUUAGCCUUUGAAAACUAUUUUUUAAAAAGUGUAUAUAAGAAGCUAUUUUGGAAAUUUUUGAUCAGAAAAAUGGCGCCUAAUCAUUUCAGAUCUUGAAUUUUCGCGGGUAGCCUGUAAUACCUUUUUUCGAACGACGUUUACAGAAGCAGAUCAGUCAAAAACAAAUUUUCUUCUUAGUAUCUAGUCUACUUACUACAUAUAAAUAUUGUUAUUUUGUCGAG